CCAACUUCCUAGGGCAUCUGGGGCAGAAUACGGAAAGCGGGAGGGACAAAUUGACAAUGUUUGGAGUCUGGUUUCCAGGUUAGUGUUUUGGGGGGCUUUGGGUGUGGCGGUUGUCAGAACUGAAAUCGGCUGCACCAUGUCGGCCUUCGAGAAGCCUCAGAUCAUCGCCCAUAUCCAGAAGGGCUUCAACUACACGGUGUUUGACUGUAAAUGGGUGCCCUGCAGCGCCAAAUUUGUGACCAUGGGCAACUUCGCACGGGGCACCGGCGUCGUUCAGCUGUACGAGAUCCAGCACGGGGACCUGAAGCUACUUCGAGAGAUUGAAAAGGCCAAACCUAUUAAAUGUGGAACAUUUGGUGCAACAUCUUUACAGCAGAGAUAUUUAGCUACUGGAGAUUUUGGUGGAAACCUUCAUAUAUGGAAUUUAGAAGCUCCAGAGAUGCCAGUAUAUUCUGUAAAGGGCCAUAAAGAAAUUAUAAAUGCCAUAGAUGGCGUAGGUGGACUAGGAAUUGGAGAAGGAGCACCUGAAAUUGUGACCGGCAGCCGAGAUGGAACUGUGAAGGUAUGGGACCCAAGGCAAAAAGAUGAUCCUGUUGCUAAUAUGGAACCUGUACAAGGAGAAAACAAGAGAGACUGUUGGACUGUGGCAUUUGGCAAUGCUUAUAAUCAAGAAGAACGUGUUGUUUGUGCUGGUUAUGACAAUGGGGAUAUCAAACUAUUUGAUCUCAGAAAUAUGGCAUUACGGUGGGAGACAAACAUCAAAAAUGGGGUAUGUAGCUUGGAGUUUGACAGAAAAGACAUAAGUAUGAAUAAGUUAGUAGCCACAUCUCUGGAAGGAAAGUUCCAUGUUUUUGACAUGAGAACACAGCAUCCAACCAAAGGUUUUGCCUCUGUUUCAGAAAAGGCUCAUAAAUCUACUGUGUGGCAGGUCCGACACCUGCCGCAGAACAGGGAGCUCUUUCUGACAGCUGGAGGCGCCGGCGGCCUUCACCUCUGGAAGUAUGAAUACCCUAUUCAGCGGUCAAAGAAAGAUUCUGAGGGAAUAGAGAUGGGAGUCGCAGGUUCUGUAAGCCUUCUGCAGAAUGUUACGUUGUCCACCCAGCCCAUUUCAAGUUUGGAUUGGAGUCCAGAUAAAAGGGGUCUUUGCGUCUGUAGUUCAUUUGACCAAACGGUGAGAGUACUAAUCAUUACGAAACUCCAUAAAAUUUGACUUCAAGACUUUGGACUCACAGAAUUUAAGAUAGGUUCUGGAAUCCUCUGACCCUCAUUGAACAAAGCUGGAUUUGGCUGAUGACAAAAGCCCCCAGACACAAGCCCCUGGGCCAGCCUCCAGCCUCUCCUGGGGCGUGUUUGCCAACUUGCUUGCUGCUGCGCGUGGGUAUCAGAAGCACGGAGUAAACUGUCUCCAGGGCCAGUGCUUUUCUUCUCCCUUCCAUUUCUAAGUUAAUAGUUGUCUAUAAUUAAACAUAUUUCAGAUUU